AUCGAACCCUCCACCGUCGAGUGUGUCACGUCUCACCCCUCUCUCUUCGACCCGACGCCGCGCGUCCCCUUUCUCCAGCUCUUCCUCUCGUCGGCGGUAAGGAAUUUUUCUCCAAUCCAGCGAGGGAGAGGGAGAAGCUAGUAAAUUCGGUUCCUCCAAUCCGGACGGAGAGAUGCCGCGAAUCCCUCUGAUCAAGUUUCCCAAGAGGAAUCUCAAAGCCCCAUCCUCAUCCCCAUCUGCGCCAGCAGCGUCACAACCCACAGAUCAGCACGCGACCCUCAUGUCCCGAUUGGGGGCUAAAGUAGAGGCACCACUUUCUGGAGAGAUAAAAAAUUACCGCUUCAGAUCAGAUGUGCCUUCCCCGCCUUCUCAUACUGCUGUUGGAGGACCGGCUUCACUCCUUCCUAAGCGCAAACCCCUGACCGAGGAAGAGAUUGAGGCUAUUAUGCUAGGUGGUUCCAUCUGAUAUUGCUUCCCAUGGAGUGGAACUUGUAGGAGCGUCAAUAAGAUCAUAUACCAGAAUUUCUUAUGUUUGAUCUUUGAAGGGUUGUUAUUAGAGCCAUGUCAAUGUGGAACUCAGUUGUUUCAGACUGUUUUGGAAGUCGGCUGCCAUGUCAAAUAUUCUCCACAUGUGGCUGACUAAAUUGUGAACUUUGAACAUGCAAUCCUUGAGUUCCAUGCGGGAAAAAAAUGUGGAUCAUGGGACCAUUUCAUGCA